AAAAACUUGGAUCGGCACGCGACUUCCUUCCUCCCCCUCCCUCCCGGCGGCGGCGACGGCGACGGCGACGGCAACUCCCCGCAUCUGAAAGGAAUACUUCGAUUUGCCGAGGCGAGCUGUUCUUGUCUUCUCACGCCUCGUGGCGCGGCGUGGGUGAACUCGCGGAGGCCCCUCGAAGCAAACGCGCGGGGAGAUGUUUGCGACGGCGGCGCGGUGGGCGGCGAAGAAGGGGAAGCCCAAGAUGGCGCCGAUCGAGCUCACGACGGCGCCGGAUCAGGCGCAGUCCAUCACCCGCACCAUCUUCGACGUCGUCAAGGAGCACGGCCCCCUCACCAUCUCCGACGUUUGGGAGCACGUCAAGGAUGUAGGCCUGAGGGGUUUGACAAGCAAGAGGCAGAUGAAGAUCAUGCUGCGGUGGAUGAGGGAGAAGCAGAAGCUCCGGCUCAUCUGCGACCAUGACGGACCUCACAAACAAUUCCUCUACACGACAUGGUUCACCAACCCCAAUAAUGCGCCGCAGAGGCCCAAGAGGGAGCUCAGCAGAGAGCCUCCCAAGCCAUGACCGCACUCAUGUUAACCAAUGUAGGCCAUAUUUUGUUUACUUACACCUUUCUCAUGAUUUUUCCUGCAUCUGUAGACAAAGCUGUUAAUCAUAUAUGGUGCUUAUAGCUGAAAUACUGAACGAUGCCAGAUUGUGAAUUAUGAAAGAAUAAAUUGUUAGAUAUUUAGGGUUUGCGGUCUACCUCUUAUUCCUCUGCGCUUAUCCGUGGUGCCGCCCAAAACAGUUUUUUUUUCUGCUGUAGUUCUGAUUUUGCCUUCUUUGGUGCUUCUUCCCAAAACUGGUGUUGGUGUUCAAGGACUUUGGCAUCGGCCUUCUCCAAUUGAAAUGAAUGUGGUUUUAACUGCUAUUAACUUUGACAAUAACCUUACUUUAAAUGAUGGGGUUAUAUCUCAUUAUCACAUCUUUAACCAUUUGCAGGUCAUGUAUUCAGUAGAACAGCAUAAAAAGUAUCUAAUAUCUGAUGAAAAUCAUAGUAAUUAGUAACUUCAAAAUAAUUUUCAGUAAUUAACACAUGUUAGUUUCCAGAGCUGCGAUGCCCUGUAUUGCAUUGCAAUUUCAGUAUAUAAAAGUUUGGUGGCAUAAACAACCUGCAAUAACAAGGACCCAAAACUAAUUUCCUAGUAUCAGUUUCAUAUACUCAAGCAUAUUCCUUCUACAUAUAUUCACAUGACCUUCCAAAUGCCUAGAUUAUUUGCAGAACGUUCUUUUUGUCAGAGUUGGUGUUUUUUUUCUGUUGACAGCUAGUUGUGAUAUUAUAUGUGGUUAAGAAGUAUCAACCCAGGAAUGGUACUGUCUUUGACAAGAGUACUGAGGCCCGGAGUUAUUCCAAGAGAUGCAGCACCUCGAUUCGUUUGGGGUCAGAAUCAUUGUGGUUGAUGCAGCCAAGGAAAAGAAGGGCAGAUAUCCUGAAGGAGGGUUCUAAUCCAGAUUAUGUGGCGGCUGAUGCUAGACCACCUGUAGUCAACAAAGAAAUGAGCAGUACAACUGUGUUUGGGGCCAAUAUCCUGAAGGAGGGUUCUAAUCCAGAUUAUGUGGGACCUGGUUGGCAAGCGUCUCGUACUAAGCGAGCUUCGGAGGAAAGAUGCCAAGGCACUGCCUUCUCAAGACCUGAGGUGUUCCGUCAGGACAACUAGGAGCGCAUCAAGGGAAACAAGCUCUCACUGCUAAGCACUAACUGGUCAGGACAGUCUUGUCUCAUCAACAUGUCUGUUUUUCUUACGAGAUUUAUUGUUAUUAGUGCACGAACAUACUGGUUAUUUUCGAUUGGUAAUGAUGUAUUGACUUGGAGUAUUGAAGUUGCUUGGCUGCCUGAGUACAAUGUAUUGUAGCAUAGGCCACCAUUGUUGUUUCUCAUGUUCUUGUUAAGAUGCA